AAUACUUAAAGCAAAACAAGAAGGAUGGCACUCCUUCUCUAACAACUUUAAUAGAUUUACUCCCCUUUCUAAAAUCUGGUCGCUAAUUAGAGUUUUUUCUACAAGGCGCAGCACAACUUACAAAAUUCCUCAUCUCUACAUUAACAACACCCACUACGCCACUCCCCUUGAAGUUGCGACACAAUUCGCCCAACAUUACGCACGAAUAUCUUCUGCUCAACAAUACACACAAGUACAACAUGACAGCUUUAACACAACACUCGACACCCUCUCCUUCGACUCAGCAAAUACUGAAAAUUAUAACAAGCACUUUGACUUGUUCGAACUUAGACACGCCAUAUCUCGAUGUGGUGAAACGUCGGUAGGGCCGGAUCAGAUAGCCUAUCCUUUCUUCAAAAACCUUUCUGAAUCCGGCCUUGAAAACCUUUUGAUAGUAAUCAAUAAUCUAUGGGAAAACAAUUUGUACCCCGAGAGCUGGAGAAACAGUACCAUCGUCCCCAUCCUUAAACCCUCCAAACCACCCUCCUCCCCCUCUAGUUAUAGACCUAUAUCCCUAACCAGUUGCGCUGCUAAAUUGACAGAACAUAUGGUCAAUGGACGGAUUAGGGCAUAUCUAGAAGGUAACUACCUCCUCUCUCCACAUCAAACAGGAUUUAGGUCUGGCCGCUGCACGGCAGACAAUAUAGUCCACCUCAUUGAUGACAUCCAGAAGGGCUUCCAAAAUGACAUGUAUACAUUUGCAGUUUUCAUUGAUUUUCAAAACGCCUUUGAUAAAGUAAAUAAACAAGCCCUUCUGAUCAAACUUCAUAAGACAGGUAUUCGCGGCCACAUGGCCCAUUAUAUCUCUAAUUUCCUCAAAGAUAGAACAUUUAACGUACGAUGCGGUAACACAUUUUCUCCCAAUCUUAAUCAGGAUCACGGCCUCCCUCAGGGCAGUGUCCUCUCCCCAACCCUCUUCCUUAUUAUGAUUAACGACCUUUUUCAAAAUCCACCUAGUAGCCUUAAGCAUUCUAUUUUUGCCGAUGAUGUGGCCAUUUGGGUAACGCGAAGAAACAUUGACUCGGCUUUUGCCUCCGUUCAAAACGCAAUGGAGGAUAUUAAUAGCUGGUGCGAUAAAUGGGGCCUAGUCUUGUCACCCAGCAAAACAGUAGCACUUAUAUUCUCCCAUAAGUCCCGUUUUAAAUUUGAUACCGAACUUAAAGUAAAGAACCAAACUAUCAAAUACGUUAAAACGUUCAAAUACCUCGGCAUCACACUAGAUAGUAGACUCUCCUUUAAACAUCACUUUCAAGACGUUAAAAUGCGUUGCACUAGGCGCCUCAACAUACUUAAGUGUAUAGCAGGAAAGGAUUGGGGUGCUGAUCGCAGCACCCUCCUUAACCUAUACACUUCCCUAAUCCGUCCUAUCCUGGAUUACAACAGUUUUCUAUUUGAUGAUAUAGCUUCUAAUCAGAUCGAAUCACUUCAAGUUAUACAAAAUAAGGCCCUGCGUAUAGUUACAGGAGCCCAAUGCACCACAAAUAUCAAGGCUCUCCACGCAGAAUGUAAUAUUCCUCUUCUCUCUCACCGCCGUAAACUCCAACUCCUUCGCUUCUAUGCGCGCACUUUCUUGUCCCCUUAUUCGCCUUCGCACCGCAUUGUCUCCAAUCGAUAUACGGACGACCCUCCCACAACGGCCCAACUCAAAUACCCGAUAAUCGCCUAUCGCAUAGAAAGGACACUUAGUGAUUUCCAGUUGGAUUUUCCAUCUAUUUUUCAUCGGCCACCCAUCUCUUCUUUCUUUCUGCCAGCCAUAGAGAAUAUUGCAUUCCUGUACGCAGAGGCAAAAUCAAAAGUCACAAAAGAAGAAAGCAUUCAACUUUUCUAUGAGCAUAAAGAAGAACAUAAAGACUAUGCAUACAUAUAUACAGAUGGUUCAGUUUGUGACGGGAGGACGGCAGCCGCUGUCACAUCUGACCAUCAUAACAAAACAAGUAGGCUACACGACGACCAUAGCAUAUUUAGUGCUGAGUUGAUAGCCAUUCACUCAGCACUCAAAUAUGUCUCGUCGAAAAACAUAGAAAAGGCUGUGAUCUGCACAGACUCAGCUUCAUCGGUAAAGGCAAUAGCUCACAGAAAAAUGGAAAAAAACGAAAUCGUUUAUAAAAUAAAAAAGAUGAUUAUUGGCUUUACCGAUGAAAACAAACACGUCAUUCUCCUGUGGAUUCCGUCCCACGUUGGAAUACAGGGGAAUGAAAAAGCGGACAAGCUAGCCAAAGAAGGUCUUCAUCUCCCAUCUCGAAAUCAUCUCGCUCUCCCCCUUCCGGAUUUUCUGUCUUCGCUCUUCCGUGCCUUCCAGAGAUACCGCCAAAAAUGCUGGAUAGAUGAUCAUACACCACAUCUCUUCUCCAUUAAACCGAAACUUUGCCAUUUCUACUCUUCCCAUCAAAACACAAGGAUCAAAGAGAGAGUCCUAGCCAGGCUCCGGCUCGGCCACACACAACUCACCCACAACUACAUCCUGGACAGAGCACCUCCACCCAUAUGCCACCACUGCCGCGACCACCCACGCUAUACCAUCUCACACUUCCUCCUCCACUGCCCACACCUACACCAACACCGCAGACAUAUAGUACAAUACAUUAACACACAUGGACUCUCUCUCGACCUUCCGACUCUCCUGGGCGACACUCAUCCGGAUAUCCACGACCUUCUGUUCGUCUUUCUCGCCGACGCUCGGAUCAUCAAGAGCCUUUAGCGUGUUAGGGCCGCGGCUGCCGCCCCUAAAACGAUAACCAGAGCCCUCGUCUCCCGGCUCACCCCCAAACUCACACAUUAAUUAAUCGCGGUUACAGGGCUUUUUCCCUCGCGCCGUUUUGGCUUAGGUGCGAGGUUUUUGCCCUUUGCGUUAGGCGUCGGGUUUUUUAUUAUUUAGGA